AGCAAUGGACAGACACUGCUGUUGCCAGGGGAGUGAGGAAAAGACACUGCAAUAAUUCCAUCUUCUCUAGGAGCCCUGCAGCAGCCCCUGCCUCAGGACUGCUCUGCUACGCUUUUGGGGGCUUUGAGGCACAGUCAAGAGUCGCCUCUGUCCAGCCAAGGCAAGGGACUCCUGCGAGGGAAAUUCGAAGAAGACAAACGCCCGCCUCCUGAGCCCUUCUGCGCCUUAAGUCGGGCGUUGGAGGGCUAUUCUUGGCGGCGCUUAAUCCAUUUAUCACUCCGGCAGGAGGGCAGAGCGCACUUUCCGGACAUUUUCGCCUUCUCUCGCGUUUGGUGCCUGGGCUGGUUGCCUCGGGGCAGGAGCGUGGGAGGCCACUUGUUGCCGGUCCCUUUCCAGGGGAAGAAAAAGAGGGGAAGCGGGAAAGCUUGGCGUCCUCCCCUCCCUCCCUCCCUCUUUCCUGCUGGAUUUCAUUCAUCAAGCCCAGGCUCUUGUAGCGCUUGGCUUCCCACUGAGGACAGGGAUGGAAAGAGGCUCCUCCUGAGAAGAAAAAGAGGGAAACUCAAAGGGAUUUGGGUGCCUCUCUCUCCCUUUCUCCCCCUUUCCUUCUGAAGUUUCCCCGCUGGAAAGGAUUGCUGCUCCUCAACCCAAAGGCUCUUCAGGGCGCAAAUAGGAAGCAAGGAAUCCUCUCCCUUUCGCCUCCUUCCUUCUUUUCCUUCGGGAGAAGUCUCUCUACUGGAAGGCAUGGUUGCUUCUCAACCCAAGGCUCCUUCCUAAGCUUCUUCAGAGACUUAAAGAGAGGGAGAAAGGAUUUAUGUCUCCCUCUCCCUCCUUUCCCUCGUUCUGUCUUAACUUGGGAAGACGCUUCUCAGCCGGAAAGGAUUUUGGCUUCUCAACCCAAGGCGCUUCGGGCACUUAAGCUCCUCCAGGAAAGGAAAGGAGCUUCUUGAGAGACUAGAGAGGCGAAGGGAGGGUUUCUUUCCCGUCUCUGUCGCUUUCCCCUCGUUCCUGCGUCCUUUCUGGAGAAGUUUCCCCGCGGGAAAGGCUUGUUCUCCUGGCAAGGCUCCUCUUCUGUUAAGGGCCGUCUCCCUCCACGUCUGAGGAGGAGGAGGAUGGUGGACCUGUUCAGCGGGCGGCUGCUGGUGAACCGCCAGGGCCGGGCGGUGGAGCCGGAGCCGGCGCUGGAGAACAAGGUGGUGGGCUUGUACUUCGCCGCCGCCUGGUGCUCGCUCUGCCGCGAGUUCACCCCGCUCCUGGGCGACUUCUACGGCGAGCUGGUGGCCGAGGCCAGCCCCGCCGCCCCCUUCGAGGUGGUCUUCGUCUCCUCCGACCGCAGCCCCGAGGAGAUGGCCCAGCACAUGCAGGGCGCGCACGGCGACUGGCUGGCCCUGCCCUUCCACGACCCCCUCCGACAUGAGUUGAAAAAGAAAUACAACAUCACGGCUAUUCCUAAACUUGUGAUUGUUAAACAAACUGGAGAAGUCAUUACUGAUAAAGGAAGAAAACAAAUCCGAGAAAGAGGGCUAAAUUGUUUCCGAAACUGGCUUGAAGGGGCCAACGUCUUCCAGAAUUUUUCUAGCUGAACUGGGAUGAAACUUGCAGAAAUGAUGGCUUUGCUACACCUUUCAUACAUUCAGAGGUCCCAUUGUUACAGCUACCACAAACAGAGGAAAUUGCAGUAUUCUUGGUUUAGUUUUGUUUUGCUUUAAUUUCAAAUUGGUUUUGGCUGGAAUAGUUAGUUAGACAUAGGUUUCCACGAGGCACUUGUCUUUUUGUUCCAUAUUAUUGUUCCUCCUAUUUAUAUUCCAUAGUAAAUAACCAAAGCAGUUCUAACAUUACUGAACUAUUUGAUAAAGAUCAGCUUUGCCUCACUGGGGUUAAAAAGGCUGCCCUCUCAGGUCUAUGCAAGCAUUGCUUCCAAAGCCAAACAUACGACAGGGAAAACUUUAUAUUUCUUGACAACACCACUUUGGUCUAUAAUUUUCUUAUAUAUAUGAGAGAGUACUUGCUUUAUUAAACCUGUUUGUAGUUUA